AUGCUUAUGUACCCACGUAAGGGUCUCAUCACCGAUCCAUACAACCCUGAGGGCAUCAUCAUACAAGACGACCAAUACCCACCGGAUUUCUAUUCUGAGAACGCCUUGCACUACGAUCAGUCUCGUUUGCAGUCACCGUUCCAGUGCCACCCCAGUGUACAGCUCUCCCCGCCAUCUUCCGCACCUCCCUCGCCUACUUUCUCCUCUCCGACCUUCUCGACUUCUUACCCGCAGACGUCUGACUGUCAGUCUUUCGGGGCUCCUUCGAUGACCCCAGCGUCUUCAUAUAACCCGUCAUACGACAUCCAGGGUUCUAAUUCACCAUCGCACUACCUGUCGCAAUAUCCUCAGCAAUAUUAUACGCCCAUGCUGGUACAACAGCCGCUCGCUAGUAACCAGGGUUGGGAUAGCAACCUGCAGUUGUUGAGCCCUGCGCGCAUCCCAUACCCCGGUGUGCAAAAGCGAUCCUCACCCUCGGCAUCCUCGCGCUCAGCUCACGCAGGGUUGCCCGCCAACAACUACCACCGCCGCUCAAACAGCGCCAACAAGCCGCUACCCACCCCGGUGCAAACCCCUCUCCAGAACUCAUUCCUUGCGACUCCAUUCCAAAGUUUCGAUCCCUCCUCCCAAGAUGGUCACAAUGCCGAGGCCGAGUCUGCCAUGAGAAAAGCGAUCAUGGACCAACAGAAGCAGUCACCGCAGCAAAUGCAGAACGACUACUCCCUGGCUCCAUCGGCGUCAUCGAUGAGCCAUAAUUCACCGGUGACUCCGCAGACUACCCUCGAUGAACUCGACGAUGCAUCCAAGUCGAUGACCAAUGAAUACAAUGCCAAUGGUGCCAUGUCAAUUGGAGUCCCCAAGCUGAACAGAACGAUUUCCGAUAUCUACCAAGACGAAUUGUACAACCCCGCCAUCAUGGCAGCGCCUCAGAUGUCCAAGCCAAUGGGACAGAAUCACCUCAACCCGCGCAAUUUCAUUGCCGAUCGUCUUCAAGCUGCUAACCAAGGACACUUGUCAGCUCGUUCGCAAUCGCCUGGCGGCAGACGGGAUCGCUCACCUUUCCGUACUUCUUCCCCAUUCGCCGGUGAUAUGAGUAACAACGCUCUCCAGCAGCCCCAGAUGGCCACCAGCGUCCCCAUGGGACAGAACGCAAUGAAUGGGUUGAACGGAAUGAACAUGGACCAGACCACAACUGGAGAUAUCAAGACUAUGUCCCCCAAGGAUGCGGUUUUGGAUUUCCAAGACAACGAUGAUUCCAUGCCUCCUCUGUUCCCUCCGGGUCAGGCUGAUUUCAACCUGGGUGAUGCGCUUGGCUUGCGCCGCGAUACUGGCCCAAUGCGACCGAUGGAAGCAUUCCCUCAGUAUUCGACACCUAGCAUGGCCCAGCCACAGUUCGCAUUCUCUGAACCUCAGAUGCAUCGCCCUCAGAACCUCUUGCCGCAGGGUACCGAUUUCCCUUCGCUCCCAGCAGUGGAAUCUACCGAGAGCUCGCCUCCAAGUCAAAUGAAUAUGUCCAUUACAGAGAGCAUUCCUCGUCCCGACAACACGUCUUCGGAUGCGGGCACCUACACUUGCACAUAUCACAACUGCACAGACCGCUUCGACUCUCCCUCUAGACUCCAGCGACAUAAGCGCGAGGCGCACCGACAAACUACACCGGGCGGCCACCUUGUCAGCCGCGAUACCUCGCUCCGCAACUCCCAGGCUGGCCCGCACAAGUGCGAACGCAUCAACCCGUCUACAGGCAAAGCAUGCAAUUCUAUCUUCUCCCGGCCUUACGAUCUUACACGGCACGAGCAUACGAUUCACACUGCUGGAAAGCAGAAGGUGCGCUGCCACAUCUGUAACGAGGACAAGACCUUCAGCCGAAACGAUGCUUUGACAAGACAUAUGCGAGUGGUUCAUCCCGAGAUCGACUGGCCAGGCAAGCAGCGCAGAAGGAGAGACUGA